AUGAGAACGAUCCCAGAUCACUGCUGCACGCUGCUGCCCUCGCCCGCAGCAAUGGCCGCCUUUCUGCUGCUUUCCACGUCUGCGACCAUGACAGCUGCGCAUGUGCUUCCCCGACCGACCGACCCUGUCGACGCCCUUUCGCCUGGCGUCUCCUCGUGGCCACCCGCGCCCACCGUUGCCUUCCAGUGGCCAAACGAGCUGGAGCUUCGGCGCCGACAAGCUGGCACGAUUUGUGGUUACAUAGGAGGUGAUCCCAAUCUUCCAGCUACAUGUUUGCCGGGCUCCCAUUGUGCCGUCGACAUCGAGCAUGGAGCUAUAGGCUGUUGUCCGGACGGUGGUUCCUGUAAGGAUGGAAUCUUCACAGGAUGCGUCGAUCGAAACAGCGGCCCACAGACCGUCGCCGACCCUUAUAUUUUUACUUGCCGCGGCGGCAACGUAUGCUACAAGAACGUCUUUGAAGGGGGUUAUUCUCAAUAUGGCUGUGGUUCUGCGUCCGACCUGGCCACCACAGUAGCAUUAUCCGCCUCCGGAAAACCCCCUUUGGCUUUGACACCCAUCUCCGUCGAUUUGACGGCAACACCAACUCCUCUGCCAAGACCAUCAUCGCUGGGUUUGGAAACAACCGCGACUUCUUCGGGUUCUGGUGCGCCCAGUAGUGAGGGCUCGGACUCGGAGACACCAGCAGCUUCUAGUCAAGGCCCGAAGCCGUCCUCGACUGGUAGUGGUGAUGCUGCUCCCAGCAGCGACGGAAGUAAAUCGAGGAAUUCCGGCGCAAUUGUAGGAGGCAUUGUUGGUGGGGUGGCCUUCCUUUUCGCACUUGCAGCUCUUUUCUUCGUUUUGCGGAAGCGAAAAUGGAGCAAUGACAGGCGUAGCUCCAAAGAUUCAGUAGAUCCCCACCAUCCACGCUUGCUAGUUCCGGGCAAUCCUCACUUCGAACCAUAUGCUUCCCGUCAGGAAGUUUCCGAGGCCGGCAUCAGACAUAGCAAUCAGUUAAAUGCCGAGCGUCGCAGCUCCGAUGAUGUCUGUGCUGAAUUCCGCCCAAUCGGUACAUCCUCCCCGCAUCCUCACCACCUAGACACCGAGGAGGAGGUACCGUCCAGAGACGGGCAUCAAAGCGGAGAAUCUGACCGCGUCCCGUUAACCAGAGGACUAGAUGAAUUUUCGCGCGGGUUGAACCCGGCACUGGAACCAAUAGACGAUGACCCAGAUGCGGAGAAUCACAGCCCGCAAGCAUACCCGGGACCUCGCAGAGGAGGGCAAGGAGGCGUACUGUGGCAUCAGAACCGAAGGAGAAGCCGCAACUUGGUGUAG